AGAAGGGGAAAAUAAAACAUGAAAACACCACUUAAAAAAACAGAAAACUAGAAAACGGAUCUCUAUGGCAAAACUAAAAAGUACAGAGAGAAAGAAAGAAAGAAAAGAAAAACAGUUUAAUUAAUCUGUGAAUUGAAUUGGUUCAAUCCUUCUCGUCUUCUUCAUUUACUGAUCGUUUUCAAAAACCCUAACCAAAUUUGGGCUCAUAAAUUAAGAAUUAUCAUCUUCCAUUCCCAUCCGGAGUCUGAUCAUCUCGCCCAACCACACCCACUCACCAGUCUAUGCAAUGGUGGUCUGUAAAUGCCGCAAGGCUACAAAAUUGUACUGUUUCGUGCACAAGGUCCCGGUCUGUGGAGAAUGCAUCUGUUUUCCCGAGCACCAAAUAUGCGUGAUCCGUACAUACUCAGAAUGGGUAGUAGAUGGAGAGUACGAUUGGCCCCCUAAUUGCUGCCUCUGUCAAGCUGUACUUGAAAGCGGGACUGAUUCUCAGACUACUCGGUUGGGUUGCUUGCAUGUUAUACACACAAAUUGCCUGGUUUCACAUAUCAAAAGUUUUCCUUCGCAUACUGCUCCUGCUGGAUAUGCGUGUCCUGAUCCUGAAUGCUCUACAUCGAUAUGGCCUCCCAAGAAUGUGAAAGACUCAGGAUCUCGCCUACACUCAAAGUUGAAGGAAGCUAUCAUGCAGACUGGCCUUGAAAAGAACUUGUUUGGAAAUCAUCCAGUUUCAUUUCCAGUCUCAGAGUCUCGAAGUCCUCCUCCAGCAUUUGCAUCUGAUCCGCUGACUGCAGUCACUUCUGCAGAUGGCAGGGAAAAUAGCACAGCAAAAAACGAAAUGAACAUGGCUGAAGCAUACCUAAGUGCAACUGGAGCAGGAUCUUUAAAGAUUCCAGGCACAGAUAUUUCAGAGAUAGAAGGCCCCAGUUCAGCAGGAAAUUUUACGAAAAGCACCAGCCCUGUUGGUCCUGGUGCUACAACGCGAAAGGGUGGUCUGGCUUAUGAUCGGCAGAACUCUGAAAUUUCAUAUUAUGCUGAUGAUGAAGAUGGAAAGCAUAGAAAGUACUCACGAAGGGGUUCACUCAGGCAUAAAUUACUCCGAGCAUUAAUACCAUUCUGGUCGAGUGCAUUACCAACUCUACCAGUGACUGCACCACCUCGGAAAGAUGGAUCAGCCUCAAAUGAGACCCCAGAAAGCCGCGUACGGCAUCAAAGACCAUCAAGAAUGGAUCCGAGAAAGAUCCUCCUCUUUAUAGCAAUCAUGGCAUGUAUGGCAACAAUGGGCAUUCUGUAUUACAGAUUAGCUCAAAGAGGUCUUGGUGAUGAAAUGGGUGAAGAUGAGCAGCAGUAGAUUGUGGUUGACUUAAUGAGAGCAUAUUUGUUGGUUUCUUCCUUUGCUGCUUCAUGUUUUUAUCUUUUUGUGUCUAAAUCGAUAACACAUACAAAAUGGAUGAUGUUGUUGGAGAUUUUCAUUCAGUGUCAAAUGACAGUAAAAAAAAAAUAAAAGAAAAAAAAAAUCCCAAUUUGUUAGAUGUAAUCUUUGCUCAUUUUCUUCUUCCAUAUCUUGUUGUUGUCUUAAUUUUAAUCCCUUUGAAGUUGAAAUGGAGAAACAGGUUGAAUCCAA